CCUGCAUUGCUUUGCUGUAACAGUAGCGGUGAGCAGUGGAGUAGGAGUAACGCCGGGUCAAAGGAUACACAUUGCAACUAUGUUACAGUGCAGGGCAGUAUGGCAGAAACUAGCGCCGUUGAGCAGGGCAUCGUCUGCACUAGUGAGGAGUAGCGUCAACAGGCGAGUUUUCAAGCCUUACAAAAUGCCUCCUGUAGGACCCUCAACAGGGUGUUUGAUGUCCACAGGUGUGUCAAGGAACAGCAACAACAAUCUCAUGUACUUCAUCAUUGUUGGUGGAACCUUCAUUGGGGGAAUUGCAUAUGUAUACGUUACAAUACAAGGAGAUAAAGAAAGGUACAAUGAACGAGUAGCACAGUUAAUGUCAACUUCCAGUGUAGAACGGAAACAUGAAGAAUUGUCAACCAAAGGUGAGAAAGAAGGCGAGGCAGCAACACCAGAAGCAUCGGCAGUUGAGCCAGUCAGUGUCAGACCAAGCAUCCCAUCACAUGCUCCUUAUCUUCUGAUUGGUGGAGGCACUGCAUCAUUUGCAGCAGCUAGAUCUAUCCGUGCACGAGAUCCUGGAGCAAGGGUUCUUAUCAUUACUGAAGAGCCAGAUUUGCCGUACAUGCGGCCACCUCUUUCAAAAGAGCUUUGGUUUUCGGAUGACUCCAGUGUUACCGAAACACUGAAAUUUAAGCAGUGGAAUGGAAAAGAAAGGAGUAUUUACUUCCAGCCCCCUUCUUUCUAUGUUAGUCCUCAAGACUUGCCUUUUGUGGAGAAUGGAGGAGUGGCAGUGUUGACUAGAAAAAAAGUUGUACAUAUGGAUGUCAGAGGGAACAAAGUAAGACUAGACAAUGAUGUGGAAAUAACAUAUGAUAAAUGUUUAAUAGCAACAGGUGGAAUUCCACGUAAUCUUCCAGCACUUGAAAGAGCCGGAGAAGAGGUACAAAAGAGGACAACUCUAUUUAGGAAGAUAGAAGAUUUUAAAUCAUUGGAAAAGAUUUCAAGAAAUGUGAAGUCUGUUGUAAUCAUUGGUGGUGGAUUUCUGGGUAGCGAAUUGGCUUGUGCUUUGGGAAGACGUGCACAAAAUACGGAACUUGAAGUGAUCCAGAUAUUUCCAGAGAAGGGAAACAUGGGUAAAAUUCUCCCGGAAUACCUCAGCAACUGGACAACUGAGAAAGUAAGAAAAGAGGGGGUUAAUGUCAUGCCCGCUACCGUUGUGAAAUCUGCAAAGUAUAAAGAUAAUAAAGUUGUUCUGCAGCUGAAGGAUGGCCAAACAAUGAAAACUGAUCAUGUCAUUGCUGCAGUGGGACUUGAACCUAGUGUGGAGUUAGCAAAGUCAGCAAGGUUGGAGGUGGAUUCUGACUUUGGUGGAUUCAGAGUGAAUGCAGAACUACAAGCACGUUCAAAUAUAUGGGUGGCUGGAGAUGCUGCUUGUUUUUAUGACCUUAAGCUGGGCAGGAGGCGUGUGGAACACCAUGAUCAUGCUGUAGUGAGUGGCAGAUUAGCUGGAGAAAACAUGACUGGAGCUGCAAAGCCUUAUUGGCAUCAGUCCAUGUUUUGGAGUGACUUGGGCCCUGAUGUGGGAUAUGAAGCAAUUGGCAUUGUCGACAGUAGUUUACCCACUGUGGGAGUGUUUGCCAAGGGAACUACAAAAGACACCCCCAAAGCAGUGACAGAAAUGUCUGGUACGGGAAUCCGAUCGGAAAGUGAAACUGAAAAAACUGCUACUUCUGUAAGUGUGCCUGUUAGUGCCAGCGCCAUUGCUCAUCCCCCUGUGGAAGGCGAGGACUAUGGAAAAGGAGUCAUCUUCUACUUGAGAGAGAAAGUAAUUGUGGGAAUUCUUUUGUGGAAUAUUUUUAACAGAAUGCCUAUCGCCAGAAAGGUCAUUAAGGAUGGUGAAGAACAUGAUGAUCUCAAUGAAAUUGCAAAGCUGUUCAACAUUCAUGAAGAUUAAAAUGACCAGAGUUUAACUGUGUAUAUAAGAGUCUAGAUUUUUUUAAAAUAAAACUGUAAACACUUUUUGUGCAGGAAAUCAGGAGCUUGAAUUCUCAGAAUGUAAGUAAUAUUUUGUGAAUUUUCACAUUAUGUAAAAUUUGACCGAUUUGUACCAUGUGCACAGUGAUUAAGAUUUUCUGAACUAAAUAUUAAAAUAAUGUAAAAGCAAUGUUUAAAAAUUCUUAAUUUAAAAAUACUGUGGAUUUUAUUCAGUUGUGUUUUCAGAUGCUGGGGCUAACCAACUGCUAUUUACUGAUAUUAAGUGGAGAUAAAAUUUGGACUGAUUGUCAGGAAGAAUUGGCUUACUGAAUAGUUCAACAUGAAUUGUUUCAUAUUGUUGGAAGAUAUAUUCUCUGAUUUACAUCUAGAAAUAAUGGUGUCACCCAUGAGCAUGAUGUUUGUUUCUCUGAAAUUGAUUCAGCCAGCUGCAAAAGCUAUAAAUUUGGAAAAACUGAAUAGCAUGUAGGAAAGAAGCAGGAGAACGUACUGAUAAUUUUCAUCAAGUUACCAUAUUUCUCUGGAAUUGGCUCCAUUGAGCACUUACUUUUAUUUGCAAUGAUCUUUCUCAGUCUCUGAUAUUUAUUGUUUUCAAUUUUGAUGUUUCUUAUUCUGGAUUUUGAAAUAGGUGGCAUUCAGAUGACAUUACUUGCUUUGAUUAUUGAAGAAAACGGACAAUCUCAUACUUGGUUGUGUUCUUGAAAGCAGAAACAACUGAGUGACAUUAGAGCACCUUUAUAUUUUCACUAGAAAUUCCUGCAGCAAAAAUGUCUUCACUAACAGUUCUUUCAAUCUAAACUGUGUGGCCACAAGAGGGACCGAACUCUUUCCUUUUCCAUGGAUUCAGCUUACCCUGUUUCUGGUAUUCUCUAUUUUUGUUUUCAGCAUCUGCAACAGGUAAUUUUUGUUUCAGCAAAAACUAAAUCAUGGAAGUGUGGGAACAAGUCAGUUUGGAAGGAAAUGGUUUGUCUCCAUUUUAUGCCCAUCAUGCUAAACAGAAUAAUGUAAAUAUACUCCUGUUUGAAGUCCAGAAAAAAAUUGAUUCCCACUAUCCCCAAUUUGCCCUUAAAAUCACUCACCCCUCUCUCUUUAAAGGCAGAUCUGCCAAAAUUUGAACCUGGGAACUUUUGUGGUCUCUGGAGUUUUGGUGAGAGUGUGGAACUCCAGUUGCCCUGAAUUCACCUGUGCUUGUGCUCCUGCACUAGGGCAGAAAGUUUCACUUGAUGCAUUCAUACUUAAAGUGGAGCCUGAAACCACAAGAUCUUGGAGCUAGCUGCUUGGAAAUCAUCUUAUUCAAUAAAUUUUUAGGCACAUAUUGCUAAAUUGUUCAGGUAAACUGCAGAACUCCAUUCACAGGAUACCAAGUUGAGCGAUCAGCAUUUUCAAGGUUUAUAGGAUAGUAUUUAAAUGAGGAUCUUUACUCAUUAAAGAAAAUGUUGAUAAUGGAGACAGUUUUUCAUUUGUUCCAUAUGUUGAUUAUGUUCAGAAUCAGGUUUAAUAUCACUAAUGUAUGUCGUGAAAUUUGUUAACUUGCGGCAGCAGUGCAAUGAAAUGCAUGAUAAAUAUAGAGGGGAAAACACUGAAUCACAGUAAGUGUGUGUGUGUGUCUCUGUUAAAUAGUUAAGUUAAAAUAUGUAGUGCAAACGUAACAGAAAUAAGAGGUAGUGAGGUAGUGUUCAUUGUUCGAUGUCCAUUUAGAAAUCAGGUGGCAGAGGGGAAGA